UGGCAAUCCGCGGCUUCCGUCGUCCUCGUUGCUACGUAUGUUCUGCGCCGGAAGGAGAGCUCGCUGACGCGUUUGGAAUUAUGGCGGCGGUUGAUAUCCGAGAUAAUCUGCUGGGAAUCUCUUGGGUUGACAGUUCCUGGAUUCCUAUUUUGAACAGUGGAAGUGUCCUGGAUUACUUUUCAGAAAGAAGCAAUCCUUUUUAUGACAGGACAUGCAAUAAUGAAGUGGUCAAAAUGCAGAGGUUAACAUUAGAACACUUAAAUCAGAUGGUUGGAGUGGAAUACAUUCUUUUACAUGCUCAAGAGCCCAUUCUUUUUAUCAUUCGGAAACAACAGCGGCAGUCCCCUACCCAAGUUAUCCCAUUGGCUGAUUACUAUAUCAUUGCUGGAGUGAUCUAUCAGGCACCAGACUUGGGAUCAGUUAUAAACUCUAGAGUGCUUACUGCAGUUCAUGGCAUUCAGUCAGCUUUUGAGGAAGCUAUGUCAUAUUGUCGAUAUCAUCCUUCCAAAGGGUAUUGGUGGCACUUCAAAGAUCAUGAAGAGCAAGAUAAAGUCAAACCUAAAGCUAAAAGGAAAGAAGAACCAAGCUCUAUUUUUCAGAGACAACGUGUGGAUGCUUUACUUCUAGACCUUAGACAGAAAUUUCCACCCAAAUUUGUGCAGCAAAAAUCUGGAGAAAAGCCUGUUCCAGUGGAUCAAACAAAGAAAGAAGCAGAACCUGUACCAGAAAUCAUAAAAUCUGAGGAAAAGGAGACGGCAAAGAAUGUCCAACAGACAGUGAGCUCUAAAGGCCCCCCUGAAAAGCGAAUGAGAAUUCAGUGAGUAUUGGAUGAGAGAGAAACCUGCAAGACUCCGUUUGACCUUUAUUAUACCUCAUUACUGUGACAUCCUGUUAAACUUCAAAAUUCUUUGUCACAAUCCUCUCAUUUGUAUAGAAUGUUGUACUUCUUCUCUAAGGAAAGGUGAAAGGAUCUUCAUGCUUUCCACAUGAAUAUUUUUGAUGUAUUCUUUGUGAUCUUCCCCCUACUGAACUCAUGCAACCUCCCCAAUCGUGUGUUUACUUUAUACAUUAAAAGAAAUAAAGAUAUUUGUGUAAGUUAUUUUAUCAUGACUUUUUCUCUCAUCUCUGAAUGAUUUCAAAAUGGAUGCAUUUUGUAAACAGUAUUGUUAAAGUGGUUAAGUUUAUUUAUUUACAUGUUCCUCACUAUAAGUUGUGAUACUUAUUGACAUUUUGAAAGAUAAAAGAGAAAACUAACCGAAGUUGUCAUCCUUUAUAUACUAAUCAAUGUAGCUUAUGAUUAUUCUGUUCAUAUAAUAGUAUUCUCAUUUAUCAUAUU